AUGUCUACCUUCUUCGUCAUGUACCGGUGCACCUUCGAAGGCUUCCACGACACGUUGUACGCACACGCCGGCGACCAAUUCUAUCGAGAAUGUGAUAUCGUCGGAACCGUGGACUUCAUCUUCGGCUAUGCAGCUGCCAUCUUCCAGAGUUGUAACAUCCUCUCAAGCAAGCCUCUUCGGAAUCAAAUCAAUACUAUUACAGCGCAGGCUGCCUCGGAUCAGUUUGCCAAGUCCGGGUUUGUGAUUGUUAACAGCACCGUUGGUCCAUACCUAGAGGAACAUUUCACAACAUAUCUUGGAAGGCCGUGGAAGCCGUUUGCGACUGUUCUGGUUAUGGAGACGUAUCUCGGGGACAUGGUUGAGCCUAGAGGCUGGAUCGCCUGGAACAAGGAAGCACCCCCUACGACGCUGAGGUAUGGAGAGUUCAAGAACUCUGGACCGGGUUCGGGUCUGGGAAGCCGUGUAAACUGGACCGGGUAUGAACCCAGUAUGACGGAGGAAGAGGCGCAGAAGUACUCGGUUGAUACCUUCAUCAACCAAGAUGGUUGGUUGAACCAAACUUGCAUCCCUUAUGACCGUUAUGUAUGA